CCUUACUCAAUUUAGAAUUCCAUUCUUAUUGUCCAUGGAUUUCUGAGUCUGGUUUUAUUUUUGUUUUUGCUUUAGAUUGUAAAUGUGAUUCCUUUGCCAUUCUAUUGCAUGGUGAAGUGUCCAAGCAAUAUGGAAUAUCUGCAAUUCAGAUUUGAUCUUUGAUUUUUCAUUGAUUCUCUGUUUUUGAAUAUUUUGUUUUUUAGUUAUAUUUUUGUUAUUUUCUUAAAAAUUUCGGCUUUUUAUUUUGUUUUUUCCCCAAUGUUGGAUAGAUAGUCUGCAUUUCCAAAUUCUCAUAUCCUCCGGAUUGAAAUUCUGGGAGUCUUUGCAUGUGAUUUUUAUAAUUGAUUCAACAGAUUUAUAUUCAGUUAACGUGAACUAAGCUUCUUGCCAUCUUGUACAGUCCUUCUUGUUCUUGAUAUACAUAGAUGUGGGGUUCCAUCGAACACUUUGGAUUUGUACUUUGAGUCGAAUCAAUUCGUACAAUGCAUGCAAAGUGUUUGAUUCGUUGGGAAGAAUCAUAUCCUGUAAAGUUGAAACUAAGUUAAGAAAAUUUGAAUUUCAGAUACUAAAGUUUUAGUGGUGAAUGGGGCUCAGAACCAUGGUUUCCCCCAAUGGAGGUCAAGGACUUCAAUGCCCACCCCCUUUCUUGAAGCAAGGUUCAGUGUACAACCUCACCCUUGAUGAGGUUCCAUGCCACCUUCCAGAACUUGGUGAGCCAUUGAAUGCUAUGAACUUAGACCAGCCGUUGAAUUCAGUUAUGACAAUGGAGCAGCAGAUUCAUGCCCCAUCUUCGUCGUCGCUGUCGUCCACCAGCAUUCCCCGACUUCUGCCUCGAAAUUAUAACAUGAACUUUAUUCUUUGCAACACGAAUGUUGAUGGGGCAUGGCAAGAGAUCAUCCAACAACAAGAGCAAGGCAGUGCCGAGGGUCCUGCAACAAUUGGAGAGACUACACUUGAGGACUCGCAGGCUUUGUUUUCAGUUGAUUCACUACAGCAAGACGAGUGGCUGCCAUACCAAUUGGCUUCUGCUCAACAGCAGCAACAGCAGCAGCAGCAGCAGCAGCAGCAGCAUAUGGAUGUACUUGGCUCAGGCUUGUCAGUAUUAGGGAAUUCAGUAUCUAAUGCAGGGUUCAAUGAGAACCAACAAAUGGGGCUUCCAAUGGGGUCGAUGAUGAUGGCGAGACCUACCUCAUCGGAUUCGCAAACAGCUACAGAGGCGUAUGGGCCUGAUGAGAUCGUUGAUAGGAAUAUUGAGAGGAGGCAGAAGAGGAUGAUAAAAAAUCGAGAGUCAGCAGCCAGGUCAAGAGCAAGGAAACAGGCUUAUCUACACCAGUUAGAAGAAGAGGUGAGGCAAUUGAGUAACACAAUUAAGCGGCUCAAGAAGCAGAAGGAAGAAGAGAUGCUAUUGCGUUCAAGUACACCUUUAGAGCCAAGAUACCAACUACGGCGAACUAGCUCUGCACCAGUCUAAAGCAUGUUCCACUUGUUUUGCUUCUGUGGUCCAACGUGCACCAAUUUUGACAAGGGUUUCAUUUUUGUUUCUCAGGACGUUCUUUUAGAUUAAGCAAUUUUGAUUCGCUUCAAAUAACUCGGUUUUAUGUAAAUAUAUCCUCGAUUGAGUUUCAAAAAGGAAUAAAAACAAAUAAACGGAGA